UUAUGAUCGGACCUUUUACGAGAACGAUGAAGCAUUUCCAACGUCAGCUGCCACGUUGAAAGAGUGAUGGAUCGUCUUGGAUGACUUUGCCUAAGCUACUACUAUUAGUAAAGGUCUAAUUCGUGCAGACGAAGGAAAAAUUGAAGCUUAGGGCCCGUCCAGGUUGUCUUUUUUAUUGUCUUCUUGCUUAACAAGCUUGGUUCGCUUCCUGUGGUUAAUCUAUUGCCUCUGGCUGUUACUUAUUUCUGUUUGAUCUCUCGCCAUGGACGAAUCUUACACCAGUCUUCCUACAAGCCAUUUACUGGGAUCAGUUCCUGCUGUGGUCGAUGAAGAGAAGAAAACCCCCAACUAUGAGGUCCCUGAAGCAAACUUGCAAAUAUUUCCUCCCACCAGUGGAGGAGAUAGGGGGAGGGGAUAUCAAGCUUUUGGAAGUCCAAUUGGAGGAGAUGAACAACCAUCGACAAAUGGUUGGAAGGGAGUGUUUAAUGUUUUGUCAUACACACAGUAUUUCAAUGUGGAUACAGAUACUGUCCUUGAAAGAAUUAUGAGUUCUUUGAAUCCUCUUGGGGGAACUUUUUUCAGCAAGAUUGAUGCUAACCCUGACCUUUAUGGACUGGUUUGGAUCUCCACCACAUUGGUCUUUGUGAUUGCUUUGCUUGGGAAUUGUGCUACCUAUCUGAUACGCAAACAGAAUGAUAGCAGCACAUCAUGGAGCUUCGAUGUCAACUAUGUGAACUUGGCUGCAUGUGCAGUGUAUGGUUAUGCACUUCUGGUGCCUUUGGCAUUUUACUUUUUGCUUCAGUAUCUUGGAUCAAGAGCAAGCCUUGUACAUUUCUGGUGUAUGUGGGGAUAUUCUCUCUUCAUCUUCAUUUUCAGCUCUUUGCAGAUCCUGCUGGUGAUCCCAGUUGAGAUUCUCCGAUGGAUCAUCAUAAUCCUCACUGGUGUGGCUUCAGCUUGCUUUGUUUCUCUCAACAUAAAGUCCUACAUAGAGGCAACUGAUCUCAUGGUAGUGGUGGUGGCAGCGUUUGCUUUGCAAGUUGCUCUAGCACUUUUCAUCAAGAUCUGUUUUUUCCCAUAAAUCUCAGCUGCUACACUCAAAUGGUUAAAAAGUGAGCUUGAGGUGCCAUGUUUUCUGUGUUCCUGGCAGAUGGCACUUUCAUGGAUGCAGCUAAUAGAACUUUGUUGCUCAUUCCAAUGUGCAGUAUUUUGAAAGAAAAAGAGAUGUAACACUAUAGAAUCCAGUACCAGCGAUGGUUACUUCAUUUGACUUAGAAUUCACUUUCUAUUGAAGUCACGUGAAAGCUUCAGGAAAAGCAAAAGAGAUGGAAUUGCUUUUUGACAAA